AUGGCUAUUAUUUUAAGAUUUGUUGACAAAGAGGGUUUUCUAAGAGAACGGUUUUUUGAUAUUGUGAUGGUUGAAGACACUACUGCGGAGACACUUCAUCAAGAGAUAUCUAAAGUUCUUCUCCAUCAUAAUUUGCAAGUUGAGAGAAUGCAAGGUCAAGGGUAUGACGGUGCUAGUAACAUGAGAGGGGAAUGGAAUGGGCUACAAGCAUUAUUUUUGAGGGAUUGCUCAUAUGCAUAUUAUGUACACUGUUUUGCUCAUCAGUUACAAUUAGCCCUGGUUGCAGCUUCAAAAAAAGUUGAUCCUAUUUGGGUAUUCUUUUCUUCCUUGAGUACGAUUGUCAAUGUUAUUUGUGCUUCUCCAAAACGUCUCAAUGAAUUUCAUGUUGCUCAAGUAAUGCAUAUUACAGAAUUGGUAGUAGCAGGUGAGUGUGAAACCGGUAGAGGACUUAACCAAAUUGGUACCUUGCAUCGACCUGGAGCUACUCGUUGGGGUUCUCAUUUUACUUCUGUUUGUGACUUGAUUGAUAAGUAUGAUGCGACAUGUACAGUUCUUGAAUUUAUUAUGGAUGAUAAGUCCACAGAGUCUUUACGUGCGGAAGCUAGUGGUGCUUACAAUGCAAUUAGGUCAUUUCAAUUCAUAUUCAUCUUGCAUUUGUUGAAAGAAAUUAUGGGACUUACUGAUGUCUUAUGUCGAGAACUGCAACAUAAAUCUCAAGAUAUCUUGAAUGCUAUGAAUCUAGUGGAAGUUACAGUGAACUCUCUUCAGAAAUUGAGAGAAAAUGGUUGGGAAGAUUUUCUUGAAAAAGUGGAAUGUUUUUGCAAGCAACAUGAUAUUGAUAUACCUACUAUGGAUGGUCAACACAGUGUGAGUACACGUCGCAGUUAUUGUCAGCAAAGAAGCAUAACAACUGAGCAUCAUUAUCGUGUUGACAUAUUCUAUGCUGCAAUAGAUUUUGAGUUGGUGGAGUUAAAUGGCAGGUUUAGUGAAAGAGCAAAGGAACUUCUUAUUCUUAGCUCAUCUUUGGACCCUGUAGAUGGUUUUAAGGCAUUUAACAUUGAUAAUAUUUGCACACUUGCAGAAAAAUUUUAUCCUCAAGAUUUCACAAGACAAGAGUUGCAUAUUUUGAGAAGCGAGCUAAUCAUUUAUGAGUCUGAUGUACCUCAUUAUGAUGUGCUAAAGAAUGUGCCUACUCUUUCUGAGUUAUGCAGAGGAUUUUUUGAGACAAAAAGAUCGCAGAGAUAUCAAAUGAUUGAUCGGUUGAUUCGUCUUGUUUUGACUUGCGCAACAAGAUGGAGAAUGACUUUUUGGCUGAUAACUUGA